AUGCCAGAAAUGUCUCGACUUGGUAUGCGUCGGAAUCAGGCACAGCCAGAUACGUUGCCUGCACCACUGGAAAAGGUCACCGUCUUAGGAAAGCCCCUGUUCAAAGCAGGUCUUGAACUCUGUUGGCAGGUCUAUGAGGCCAAACUCCAGAGUUCAAAAGAGGCAUGCUCUGCUUUCGUUCUGCCCAAAUUCGUCACAGAUAAGGCCGGAAAGACGCGAAAGGUUGACAUAAAUUUCGAAGCCUGUCGUAAGGAAAUCGAAGCACUUCGCAUUCACCAUCAUAAGAGAAUUUUAAAAAUCUUCUCUGAGGCAGAAGAAAACUGCUAUUAUCUUUCAUGGACCUGUGAACCCUUAACCGGCACUCUCCAGACCCUUCUUGAAAAAUCUCCUAAAGGCAUCACUGAUGCUCUGCGUUACCUACACGGAACCCAAAAUCUGAUGCACUGUAACCUCUGUCCUUCGUCAAUAUUCAUCAACAUUCGGUCGCAAUGGAAGCUGGGCGGUUUUGCGCUGGUGGAAAGCACCACAGACUCAACGAAAAACAAAGCCAACUUUACGGGGUUUAAUCCGAAAGGAGGGCGUAAUUUGCAACCAGACUUGGACUAUAUUGCUCCAGAGGUUCAACUGCACCAUGCGAUGUCACCCCUGGCUGACAUCUUCUCCCUUGGCAUGGUAAUCUGCUCCAUUUUCAACGGCGGUGUCUCACUCCUUCGUUGCGAAGGCAAUGUGGCAAAUUACGUAAAGUCCAUUCAAGCUAUUCCCCAAAGGUUUCUAGAGAUAAGCGAUCGUAUUCCAAAGCCACUGAUUGAACCCGUAAGGAAAAUGAUCAGUCAAGAUGUCCGAGAAAGGCCAACCUCUCAACUUCUUGCAUUGGCAAGUUUUGUAUCCAAAUUUUACCGGUUCUAUAACCUGUAUAAGAAGGUGCUGCCUUUGCUGUGGGACUGGUAUGACAAUCAUCCCGACCUCCAAUCCUUUGUCGUACCCUCAAUAUUAGCAACUGCACACAUUGCUGAAAAAGAAGACUUCGAGACGCAUCUUCGAGAGCGACUCUGCUCAGUGCUCAAAGGUCCUAAGAGCAAACAGGAUACCGUGAGAAAUGCUGUGCAUGUCUUAUAUAACUACCUUGGUCCAGAGGAACUGGAAAAUAAAGUCUUUCCACGGCUAAAGGAUGCAAUUUUAGAGAACGAAUCAUCAGAUCUGGUACAAAAUGCAAUGUUGGAGUGCAUAGACAGUCUCGUUCCCCACUGCAGACCGGCUUUUGUGAGCAAGGAACUGCUUGCGUUUUUGGCCUCGAUGCCCACCGCGAAUACCGAGGUCGUUCUGAAUGUUGCAAGCAUUUUCCGGCGAGUACUUUGCAGCUGCAAAUUCCACGUGCCCUACACACUCAUCGCAACGGAGCUACUCCCUCCGUUAAUACCACUCCUCAUUUUGAAGAAGCUGAGUCUAAUGGAAUUUAGAACGCUACUGUGCGUCGUUCGCCUGAUGCUUGAGCAAAUUGAUCACGGAAGAACCAUUGAAUAUUCACGAAAGAAAAGUCUCAGCGCAGACGACGGCAUAAUGGACUACAACGCAAGAUCAAACACCUCGUACUACAGAAACCUCCCCUUGAUAUCCAUGCAGCAGCCCACCGUCGACUUCUCCCGAAGUCCACCAAACCAGGAAUGCACGAGCACCGCACGUCCGCGUUCACACUCUUCAGGUGGUCUGCAGUGCCUGCGACCUCAGGAUAAGACAAGCAGCAACCCCAACUUUGGUCAGCGUCUGUCGACGAGUCUGCUUUCCAAACCGUCCCGUGCCGCCUCGUGGAAUAACUCAAUCACAGCACUUGCAGCUCCUGAACGAAGGCGUUCAUCCGGUGGAAACACCACUCGAAUUUUGAAAGAACGCUACAGUUAUCUAACUGUGGAAAAUCAUGGAGUCGCGGGAUUCCUUGACCCUCGCCGACAUAGCUACGAAUUCUCCGCCACCUCCUCAGCCAAUUCACUUCUUACUGGCGGGAUUUGUGAAGGUCCCUUCUCGUCCAGUCUACUUCAAUCUGGCCAAAUCAGUCGACGACCUUCUGCUCCCAUUUUUGGCCAAAAUAUCAGUUCGACCAACCUGCUCAACAGACGCUGA